CCCGCGCACACCCGCGCACCCCGUCCUCACCCGCGCAUCCCCGGACACGCACGCCCGCCGGCCCGGGCCAGCCGGCGCGGGGCCUCGAGGCGGGGAUCUGGCGGGCGGAACGCGCCCCGCGCCCGAGCCCGCGCCCACCCCGGCGUCUUUGCGCUCCGCAGCGGCGCGCCUGGCCGGGCGCCCCCGCCAGUCCUGCCGGAAGAUGGUCAACGACCGGUGGAAGACCAUGGGCGGCGCUUCCCAACUUGAGGACCGGCCGCGCGACAAGCCGCAGCUCUCUCUUCCUGAGUCUGCGCGGCGGGCACCCACGUGUGGGGCAGGGCGCGCCGUUAUUGCCUCCACUUUACAGUGGCCCAGCUGCGGCUACGUGCUGUGCACGGUGCUGCUCUCCCUGGCGGUGCUGCUGGCCGUGGCCGUCACCGGCGCUGUGCUCUUCCUGAACCACACCCACGCGCCAGGCACGGCACCCCCGCCCGUCGUCAGCACCGGGCCGGCAGGUGCCAACAGUGCCCUGGUCACCGUGGAGAGGGCCGAUAGCUCGCGUCUCAGCAUCCUCAUCGACCCGCGCUGCCCCGACCUCACCGACGGCUUCACCCGCCUGGAGGGCGCCCAGGCGUCCGUGCUGCAGGCGCUGGCCGAGCACCGGGCGGAGCCGAAGCUGGCCGGCGAGCAGGAGCGGGAGCUGCUGGACACCCUGGCGGACCAGCUGCCCCGGCUGCUGGCCCGGGCCUCGGAGCUGCAGGCGGAGUGCACCGGGCUGCGGAAGGGCCUCGGCACCCUGGGCCAGGGGCUCAGCGCCCUGCAGAGUGAGCAGGGCCGCCUCAUCCAGCUUCUCUCCGAGAGUCAAGGCCACAUGGCUCACCUGGUGAACUCGGUCAGCGAUGUCCUAGAUGGCCUGCAGAGGGACCCAGGGGUGGGCCGGCCCCGCAUCAAAGCUGACCUCCAGAGGCCACCUGCCAGGGGAUUGCGGCCCCGCGGCUGCGCCAACGGGUCUCCGCCCCGCGACUGUCUGGACGUGCUCCUGAGCGGGCAGCAGGAGGAUGGCAUUUACUCGGUCUUCCCCACACACUACCCAGCCGGCUUCCAGGUCUACUGUGACAUGCGCACCGACGGCGGCGGCUGGACGGUGUUCCAGCGCCGGGAGGACGGCUCCGUGAACUUCUUCCGAGGCUGGGAAGCGUACCGGGACGGCUUCGGCAAGCUCACGGGGGAGCACUGGCUAGGGCUCAGCAGGAUCCACGCCCUGACCACGCAGGCCACGUACGAGCUCCACGUGGACCUGGAGGACUUCGACAACGGCACAGCCUACGCCCGCUACGGGAGCUUUGCUGUGGGCUUGUUCUCCGUGGACCCCGAGGAAGACGGGUACCCGCUCACCGUGGCCGACUACUCGGGCACGGCAGGGGACUCCCUCCUGAAGCAUGGCGGCAUGAGGUUCACCACCAAGGACCGCGACAGCGACCACUCGGAGAACAACUGCGCCGCCUUCUACCGCGGCGCCUGGUGGUACCGCAACUGCCACACGUCCAACCUCAACGGGCAGUACCUGCGCGGCGCACACGCCUCCUAUGCCGACGGCAUCGAGUGGUCCUCCUGGACGGGCUGGCAGUACUCGCUCAAGUUCUCGGAGAUGAAGAUCCGGCCGGUCCGUGAGGACCGCUAGAUGGGCGCGGCGCCCACCCUCCACCCGCGCCACCCCUGCCCGCUCGCCCCUCAUCCCCCGCCCAACCCUACCCUGCGCCACUCCCAACCCCUCACCCCUCCCCAUCCCCGCCCGACCCUACCCUACCUCUCCUCUGACCUGCUGUCACAUUGGAGGGGCUGCACCUUACCUUUGCCCUGUCCCCGCCCCCCAGCUGACCUCUGCUGACCUGGGGCAGGGCCCACUUAACAGCCCCAAAUCUUGCCUGCCCAGACUUUGGCUCCUGGGGUAAGAGUCUUGAUUUCCCUCGGCCAGCAGUCCUCCGAGCACUCCGGCCGGCCCCUCUACUUGGCUGGUCCAAACCCCUGGUGCUUGGGGGGCACAGAGAAGGGGCAGGUGGCACCCCUGCAGCCCUUUCAGUGGACAGAGGGACUGUUUGGAUCUGAGUCAGGUCCGAGGCCGGCCUUCUCUGCCCUCCCGGCCCUCCAGGCUUUCCUCCUUCAGUUCCAUGGUGCCCGGGGUUCCCACCUCUCCCCAAGGCCCGUGGGGAGUGGUGGCGGCAAGGGCUGCCCGGGGUGUGGGGCUGGCAGCCGUAUCCCACCAUUCCAGGCCAGGCUGGGGCACAGCUGUCUGUGGGGACUCCUAGCCCGAGGGGGCCAGGGCCAGUUCCCCGGGGCUCCCCGCCUGCCUUCUACCCGCAGGCCUGGGAGGUCCUCAGUCCCUUGGGCUGCUGUGUCCAGCCUCCUGCCCUCCGGGGCAGCCGGAGCCCCACCCCACCCUGUCCUCUUGCCUGUGGGACACUGGGGCAGGUCCUGCUCCCUCCCGGCCUGGCCCGUCAGGACCUCUCUAUUUCCUGG